CGUUGGUGGUUAGCAGGGGGGGGGAGGAGGGGAAGCGGAAGUUUCUGGAGACAUCAAGGAGGGGUGGUAAGAAGGAACUGCGUGCCGUUUCCACAGAGAGCCAUGGUGGCCCAAGAUAAGGCGGGAGAAGAUGAAACUGCGACAGCUGAGCUGGCUGAUCCCGCGGCUGCUUCAAAAGACAGCCCUGAGAAGGAUGACAAGAACCUUGCUAUGUGGAAGCUCUUGCGUGGGCCAAGGUACUUUGAUCCUCAAGAUUUUAUGGAGGCGAGGUGCUACAACUGCGGAGAACGCGGCCAUUCGUCGAAGGAGUGCACGGAACAGAAGAGGAUCAGGCCGUGCUAUGUGUGCAGCUCGCUCGAGCAUGAAGCACGAGAUUGCCCUCUGGGGAAAGUGUGUUUCGUGUGCCAGCAGAAAGGGCAUGUAGCAAGAGAAUGCCCGAACAAACAGGCGGUUGCUGCCGCCUCUAGAGCGGCGAUUGUGAAGGGCGGGAAUCCUGACGAGCUGUGCCUGAAAUGCGGAUACAGGGGCCACAGUCGGCAGACAUGUGACGUUGAUUAUGACCCAGAAGAUAUGAAGGUUGUGCGCUGUUACAUAUGCAAAAAGGAAGGGCACUUAGCUUGUGUCAUUGUGAGGAAUGAUAAUCCGCCGGCGAUGACUUGUUGCAAGUGUGGAGAGAGCGGCCACUCUGGGGAGGGGUGCAACAAAUUGUCGGGAAAGCAAAAAGCGUCUUACGCCGCGACCAGUCCUCAGCUCUGUUAUAUUUGUGGAGAAGACGGCCAUUUUGCACGAGGCUGUGCGAAAGCCAACCUUUGCCGCUACUGUAACAAGGAAGGCCAUAUCGCUCGCGACUGCUGGAGGUUUCGGAGGGAGGACCCGAGGGAAGGUGCGGCUGGCCAGGGUGGUGGAGAUGGUGGAAGAGACUUGAGGGAUCGUCUGUCGGGUGGGCGCAGAGGCGAGUCUCCCAGGAGGAAUAGUACAGACAGAGGAGGGCGCGAUGGGCUGCGCGAAGGCGAGUCUCCCAGGAGGAAUAGUACAGACAGAGGAGGGCGCGAUGGGCUGCUACCUGAACGUACACCCAGGAGGAAUAGUACUGACAGUGGAGUUGCUGAGCGAGCGGCAAACGGGGGACGGAACGAUCCUUCGCCGAGCGAACACCAGAGGGCAGCGAACAGGGGACUCCCCUCCCAUUUGCUUGACAGGAUGGAGGACGGUUUAUUCAUGGGUUACGCAGGCGAGGGUCGCGGAUGGGACUCGAUCAAUGGUGACAUGAGCAGAAUGGAAGCAGGCGGUACGGCCAAUGGAGGAAGCGAGUUUUCAAGUGAGUUUUCGCGGAAACGGAAGGCAGAAAUCGAAUCUACCCAUCAAGCGGCCAGAAGAUCUUUCAUGGGCGGGGAUGCGGGCGGCGGCGGGUGGGGACCUCCUGGAGGGUUUUCGCCGCCAGGGGCGAUGAACUUUGGAGGCCAUGUUAAUGGGGUAUGGGGUCGAAUGGGUAGUCCGCCCAUGGGAAACAACCCUCCACUGUUCAUGAACCCAAUGGGAGGGGUGAAUCCCAAUCGUCAAUUUAUGCGAGCAGUCGAGGGUGCCGGAAUGCAGUUUCUAGGCCAACCGGCGGCGCAAUGGCAAUGGCAGGAACCCUUGCCGCCAGGCACGACAGCAGGAGUGAGCAAUCGACAACCCACUGCGGGGUCUGUGGCCAAGCAAGCGUACGACCCAACGUUGUAUGCUCACCUGCCUUCGAAUGAGAUUUCUCUGUCGCCGUCGGAUGACGAGGGGGAAGAUGUUAAGUCGUCAACUGUGCCGUUGAGAAGUGCUUCUACGCAGGAUUGGGCGGCGACACAGUCGUAUGGUGGCAGGCGGGCGGAGACCCCGUGGUCUUACACGUCAUUGCUGAACGAGGGGUUGUGCGACGACGAUAGCAAUGCAUCGGUCAAUCUGAGCUUCCAGAUGUCGAGCAACAGCGAAAAAGUGGCGACAUAUACUCGUAUCAUCAAUCCCCGCCCAGAUGGGGAUUGCGCAGAGCAGACGAUAGUUGAUCUGGGACUCCGCGUGGACGGCAACGACAGGAGGACGCGUCUACGGCAGGCGCACGUAGAAUGCCACGGCAGGCAACUGUGGGAAGAGUGCAGGCAGACCUUGCGUCAAGCUGGAACGGACACAAUAACGAGAGGGGUGCAAGGGCUCCACGUUGAUGAAGGCGAAGAUGCGGCUGUUCAGGAGCCCCUCAACUGCGACAACGUUGACGGUGAGGAGGAUUGCAACUCCGACGAUUUGCCUGAGAUUCGGCCCCUUGGGAGGAAGGUGAGGAGCGGCGGUGCGAGUGUGAAAAAGGGUUUCAUUCCGAGAAAUCAGCGGAAUAAGAAAAUGGACGAUGACACCGGCGGCCCAGCGGGAGCGAUGACGAAGGCGCUUGAAAUUUCUGGUCGGUCGGAGACACGAUUGCACUCGUGAGGGCAAAAAGGGAUCAAGAUCUGUAUUUCGGAGGCAUGGGGCACAAUUUCGUCCGCAUGAAGGCCAGGGAAUGUAAGUGGGAGGACGUGCGAUCGAGGUUGCAGAAGAUAGGCGUCACGAGGAAGGCAAUCGACUGCGGGAAGAAAUGGGACAACUAAUGCAGCAAUUCAAGA